UUGAAUAAAGGAAAGAACCCCAAAAUAUCAAAUUUUGGAAUGGCUAAAGCUUUUACAAAAGAUGAAUUUGAAGCUAACACAGGCCGCAUAGUUGGAACAUAUGGCUAUGUUCCUCCUGAAUAUGUAAGAAAAGGUAUAUACUCUAUGAAGUAUGAUGUGUAUAGUUACGGAGUUCUGCUUCUGCAAAUCAUAAGUGGCAAGAGGACCGCAUGCUACUAUGGCUCAAACAAAAAUUUAACCCUUUUGGAAUAUGGGUAUGAGUUGUGGAGAUAAGGUGAAGCUAUGGAGUUUUUUGAUUCAUCAUUGGAUGACUCUUCUUCUCCAUUGAAACUAAAGAGAUGCAUGCAAGUAGCUUUAUUGUGUGUCCAGGAAAAUCCUGUUGAAAGACCACCCAUGCUCAGGGUUUAUAACAUGCUCAAAGGUGAGAGUGAAGACAUCCCUUCUCCUAAAAAGCAUGCUUUUUCAGUCAAAAGAGAUGAUGAUGAGGAUAGUAAAUGCAUCUUCAAGGUGAAAACAUUUUUAGUCAAUGAUGCAAUGCUUACUCAACCGGAACCACGAUGAGUCGAUGACUAAUUCUGAAAGAUAUUGAAGUAAUUGUAGAUUCCUCAUUAACUAUGCUACUCAACGUGUAAACCACUACUGCAAUUGCUCUUUAUGUAGGGCAGAUUGCAGGGUUCCUAUGAAACACUUAGGUUUUUAAUUUUUUUAAUUUUUUGCAUCCCUUGGUAACACUAAAGGGCAUUGUUUACUUCUUUUACCCCCAAACUCUAUAUUGUAGAGUUAAUUUUGUUCUACACUACUGUUCAUAGCUAAUUCCAAUACUUUCUUUUAGUUUAUCUGUUGUAUGCACACAAUCAUCUUUAGGUUUAUAAAGAGGAUCGGUCACUCUACCUAAUAUUAAUUAAUUGUUAACAUUUUCGGAUGGAUAUCCGAUUCAUGGAAUAUACGAUUGAUGUGGUUA